AUGCAGCGCGUCCCGCAGGACCAGGUCGACGUACGAUCUCGAUCUUCAACGCGCAGCCCGAUGCGCUCACUGCACCGCCUGGGUCUCAAGGGCAACCUCGGCGACGUGUACAUCCAGAUCUUCGGCAAGGACGGCUCGUACAUUCAGCUCGCGACGUUCCCGCACCCCAAGAAGGAGGAGGUCGUAGUCAAGCUGCCCCUUGACCCGCCCCUCAAGAGUGGUUUUGAGGCGCGCCCGCUUCUGUUCCGCUGGAAGAAGGAGGCGUUCGCGAAGUACAAUGUGCCCGAAGUCCCGCCGAUCCGCUACUUCAAGCGCCCGCCCAUGUUCCCCUUCAUCCUUCCCGCCGGUGUCGCUCUGCUCGGCUGGUUCUUCUGCGCCUAUGCACCGGGAUCAACUGCCGAUGCGUGUCGUGCGUGGAUUGACCGUGUUCUGGGACGGUACACCCUUGCGAUCACGGGCUGGUUCGCGGCAAUCAUGCACUUCCUCAUCGAGCCGGCGUACAUGGCGUCGCAGCUGAAGAAGCACGACACGCCGCUCGGCCCCAGCCUCAAGUGGAUCCUGUGGACAGUGCUGUUCGGAUUCGGCGCCAUCGACGCUUUCUGGGAGUGCAUCCUGUACGAGAAGAUCAGGCAUGUGUACAAGCAGACGGACGUUGGAGACAUUGGACCGAACGUCGUCGAGGAGGUGACGGUCGAGAAGAAGACGCACAUUGGGGCUACUGACGUGUUGGAGGCCCCGGGAGGUUUUCGAUUCUUCAAUGACCUCUGGCCGAUGGUGCUGCAGCCAUAUCUCAAUGAUAAACGGGACUUUAAAGAAGAUAGCUACGGUGGUGGCUAUGUAAUCCACCCUCUCGUCUCUAUCGCUGAACCAAUGCUGACUCACCAGCGCAUGUUGGAACCAGGUCUGCGGAUUGUUGACCUUUCUGUUGACCUUGCCAUCGCCGUUGAAGUCACGUGCGACACCCACAAGCUGAAGUGGCUCAUCCCCCUUGCCGAUGUGGAACACAACACGCCUCACACGUUUGGGCAUCUGGAGCCUGAGAGGCACCCAAAACAGCCCACAAUGCCGGACACAUGUCAUCCACACACACGUUCACCUCUGAGACACACACCUCCUCUUUCUCACGUUGCAGCGCCCUCUCCCCAACGUCUUCGCUUCCAGCUCACUAUUGUUCACCACCAUCUCGAUGUCUCGACUCUCCACUCCAUCGAUUCUUCUACAGCUGUUCAACUGACAUCCUCCAUCAAUCGUUAUCAAGAUGAAACCCACUGUAGGUGCCAAUGCGGUCCUUUUCUGACGCCACAGGCACCCAUUGACGAGGACGGUUUUGUUGUCGUUUCUGAUGACAAUUCGGAGGAGAACUUCUCGACCCCCAACAACGGCCCAGCGACCCCGACCACCCCCUCCCCCCUUUCACGCCAGGACAUCGCCGAGGUCUUCGCUUCCUCUUUCACGCAGCUGAUCCGGGACUCGGAGGUGAAGGCGGCCUCCCAGACUGCCGCGGCAGUCGCAAAUGCCGUGGCAAAAGUCAGGGCCGAGCUGCAGAAAGACAUUGAAGCACUGCAUGAGACGCAGCUCAGCCUGUCGCUGUCGUUGGAGCGCGUUGAACUCAAGGCAGAGCAGGCUGAGCAGCGGGCUGCCGAGGCUGAGGCGCAGUUGGAGGAGAUCAAAGACAACUGCCUCUGCAACGGUGGCAACAUUAGCAAGACGAUCUGCCACCUGGAGCGUAGGCUGGACGUCACCACCAAUCACUGUUAUGACCUCGAGCGCCGCAUGAACUCGGGCGACUCGCUCACUGUCGUCCAUCGCAACGUGAACGCUGUCAACCUGCAAACUCACAAGGAGGAAUCGAAUAAGCGCCUCACCGCGUUGGAAACCCGCACCAAAGCACUUGAGUGUACCUGCGAGACGCUCGAGAAGCGUACCGCUCCCCCUAGAUUCAAUAGCAUGCCCAUCACCCAGCCUGUCCAACCCAUCCAACCCCUUUCUGGCUUCCAGGGCGGGGCGGACAUCGCGCUACGCCGCGUCGAACAGCGCCUCAACGAUGAUCUCCGCCGCAAGCAGGAGAAGCUCGACUCGCUCUCCGCCCAGCUCAAGACGGAGCGUGCGCGCAGCGACUCCAUGUUUGUCAAGGUGGCGGCCAUGUCGCUCGUACUUCGUGGCGGCCCGCUGCCAACUGAGGAUGGCAAGGUCCUGCAGAAGGUCUCGUCCUGGCUCGACCGCUUCAAGGCCAAGACGAGCGACCCACGCCUUCGCGAGCGUGCCGAUGGAUACAUCACGAAGAUCAACGAGAAAAUGGUGGGCACCAGUACCGCAUGA